AUGUUGGGAAGUUACUGGCUUUCAGAGAGGAAUCAAAAGCUUCCUCGCCUCACCGUGUCCCUUCGCCUCGUCUCAUCCUGUCCCUUCGCUUCACCCUCUCCCUCCCUUCGCUUCACCCUCUCCCUCCCUUCGCUUCACCCUCUCCCUCCCUUCGCAUCACCCUCUCCCUCCCUUCGCUUCACCCUCUCCCUCCCUUCGAUUCAACCUCUCCCUACCUUCGCUUCACCCUCUCCCUCCCUUCGCUUCACCCUCUCCCUCCCUUCGCUUCACCCUCUCCCUCCCUUCGCAUCACCCUCUCCCUCCCUUCACUUCACCCUCUCCCUCCCUUCGCUUCAACCUCUCCCUCCCUUCGAUUCACCCUCUCCCUCCCUUCGCUUCACCCUCUCCCUCCCUUCGCUUCACCCUCUCCCUCCCUUCAAUUCAACCUCUCCCUACCUUCGCUUCACCCUCUCCCUCCCUUCGCUUCACCCUCUCCCUCCCUUCGCUUCACCCUCUCCCUCCCUUCGCUUCACCCUCUCCCUCCCUUCGCUUCACCCUCUCUCUCCCUUCGCUUCACCCUCUCCCUCCUUUCGAUUCAACCUCUCCCUACCUUCGCUUCACCCUCUCCCUCCCUUCUCUUCAACCUCUCCCUCCCUUCGCUUCAACAUCUCCCUACCUUCGCUUCACCCUCUCCCUCCCCUUCGCUUCACCCUCUCCCUCCCUUCGCUUCACCCUCUCCCUCCCUUCGCUUCACCCUCUCCCUCCCUUCGCUUCACCCUCUCCCUCCCUUCGCUUCACCCUCUCCCUCCCUUCGAUUCAACCUCUCCCUACCUUUGCUUCACCCUCUCCCUCCCUUCGCUUCAACCUCUCCCUCCCUUCGCUUCAACAUCUCCCUACCUUCGCUUCACCCUCUCCCUCCCUUCGCUUCACCCUCUCCCUCCCUUCGCUUCACCCUCUCCCUCCCUUCAAUUCAACCUCUCCCUACCUUCGCUUCACCCUCUCCCUCCCUUCGCUUCACCCUCUCCCUCCCUUCGCUUCACCCUCUCCCUCCCUUCGCUUCACCCUCUCCUCCCUUCGCUUCACCCUCUCCCUCCCUUCGCUUCACCCUCUCCCUCCUUUCGAUUCAACCUCUCCCUACCUUCGCUUCACCCUCUCCCUCCCUUCUCUUCAACCUCUCCCUCCCUUCGCUUCAACAUCUCCCUACCUUCGCUUCACCCUCUCCCUCCCCUUCGCUUCACCCUCUCCCUCCCUUCGCUUCACCCUCUCCCUCCCUUCGCUUCACCCUCUCCCUCCCUUCGCUUCACCCUCUCCCUCCCUUCGCUUCACCCUCUCCCUCCCUUCGAUUCAACCUCUCCCUACCUUCGCUUCACCCUCUCCCUCCCUUCGCUUCAACCUCUCCCUCCCUUCGCUUCAACAUCUCCCUACCUUCGCUUCACCCUCUCCCUCCCUUCGCUUCACCCUCUCCCUCCCUUCGCUUCACCCUCUCCCUCCCUUCGCUUCACCCUCUCCCUCCCUUCGCUUCACCCUCUCCCUCCCUUCGCUUCACCCUCUCCCUCCCUUCGCUUCACCCUCUCCCUCCCUUCGCCUCUCACCCUCUUCCCUCGCCUCAAACGCCCACCGUAA